AUGGCUGAUCCGUCGGCGCAAGAUGUAUAUGAGGAGCUGGUGAAAAACGAGGUAGCGCUGAAGCUCUAUCAUGACAGCAACAGGGAGCGGCUACAGGUCAUGUCGGGUGUGUUGAUGGAGUUAGCGGGACGGCAGUAUAAAGGCGCGAGAGAGGUGCUGAAGGCUGCAUCAAUAUAUUUCAAGGAAGCGUAUGAGGCCCCUCUCCAGCAGAGCCUUACCGAACCAUGGCUGAUAGAGGAGGGGUGCACUGUACGGGACUUUGACAGGGCUCAGCUUAGUCGGAGUUGGACGGAGCAGGAGGUAAAGGUGGCGCUCAAAGGGCUCCCCUCAGGAAAGGCUCCCGGGCAGGAUGGGCUGUCGAAGGAGUUUUUUGAGCGAAACUGGGACCUGCUAGGGUCGGCGGUGCUGAAGGAGAUACGGGCGUUUGAGCUGUCGGCGGAACUCUCGGAAGCUUUCACUACUGCAGUCACAAUCCUCCUGCACAAGAAGGGUGACAAGGAGUCAUCAAGCAACUACCGACCGAUUACUCUGCUGAGUUUCUUCUACAAGCUGCUCACGAAGGUGCUGGCAAAUUGGAUUAAAGUGGCCUUACCGCGGGUGAUCUCCCCGAACCAGUUUGGCUUCCUCCCCUGCAGAAGCUUGAAGGAAGCAGUAUCACUGGUAGCAGACGUGAUUGACGCAGCGGCGGAAGGUGAUGAGGACUGGCUGCUUCUUCUCGUGGACUUUCAAAAGGCGUACGAUUCAGUGUCCCGGGAGUACCUGUUCAAGACACUGAGGGGCAUGGGUUUCCCGGACAAGUUUAUAAAGUGGGUGAAGGGUCUACAUGAUGGUGCUGCCAUGAGACUCCUGCUCAACGGCUGGUUGGGGGAUCGAGUGGAGAUGCUCAAGGGAGUGCGGCAGAGGUGCCCACUCGCACCAUACCUGUUUCUCUGCAUUAUCGAGCCACUCUGCCAGGAGGUGGAGAGGAGAGGGCUUGGAGUAAGAAAAAGGGGAGUGGCUGGGGAGUUGGCAUAUGUCGGCUACGCUGACAAUAGUACACUAGUGCUGCAAGGAAAGGAGCAGGUGGUGAAGGCGAAGUCCCUGCUCGACGACUUUGCUGCGAUCUCGGGGUUAAACAUAAACUGGGAGAAAACGAUACUGAUGCCGCUGGGGAUUAACAGGAGACGAGUGCAGCCGGACGACUCACCUUUCAAUUGGGCGACGAAAGACGUACCAGAGCGGCUGCUUGGUGUGUGGAUCACGUCUGGGGGGUCGCCGGUGCCGGCAUGGGAUAAAGCUUUCGAGAAGGUGAGCGCGGUGUUGAGCUGCUAG